GGAAGAGACUCUCGAUGGAAACUGUUGCUAGUAUCGUGGUAGCUAUCUGAUCGACGAUGAUAGCGACGGGAAACUUCGUGUGGCAAGGAAAGGAUGGACAAAGUUAAUGGCGAUGAAGGAUGAGUGCUGACGGUGUGGCUCUGUUCCGGCGACAACAAAGAUGGCGACAGUGAAAAGUUUUUGGCGGUCGUGUUGUUUUGAUGGAUGGAAGGUUGAUGGUGAUGAUGAUGAUGGUCGAGAAGGUGGGCUGGGGAAGCAGUAGUGGUAAUAGGGAGAUGGAUGAACCGAUAAUGGUGGUGUACGGCCGGGUGGAGAAAUGGUAUCAUUCCAUGGAAGGGGGAGUUUAUUUAAGCUUGCACCGACACUUCUCUACAGCUGCUAGUACUGUAUGCUUCUUUAUUAUGCCAACUCAUACUUGUUUUGUGAAAGAGACUGCUGAUGAAAUAGUGUGAUGGGCUAAGUUAGAGGUGGUGUUUCCCGUUGGCUCUCCAUUGGGAGGGUGGGGAUUAAUUGGGGGUAAUAAAGAGUGGAAGAGAUGGAAUUGUGUACAGAUGGGAG